UGCAUUUUCCUUCUUUAGAACGCCAGGGGGAUCUGGAAUCGAUAUCUUCCAUUAUCUUAUCCCGAAAAUUAGUUCUAACGUUUCCAUCGACGCGUUCACAUUACAAUCUCUCACAGAAAUUUAGUUCGAAAUUAUUCAGAAACAAAAUAUCGUUUCAAAAAUUAUAAACUUUGUACUUUCUGUAAUAAGUGUACUAUAAAAAUUUAUACAAAUUUAUUAUAAAAAGUAGACCCAGUUUAGAUACCCGAUAAAGUUCUCUCAAAAUAACUUUACACACUUAUUUUCACAAUGCGUGCUCGAAAUGCGUAAGUGAGACGAACUCGACGAUUGCAUAACUUCUCGUGAAUAAACAUGCGCGAGUGAUAACGCACAUAUUUGAUAGUCACGAUUAUAUAUAAACCCGUGGGAGCUGUCGCGCGUCUCCUCCUCGAACGGAUUUGACAGCUAAUUUGACAGCUGAAGGAAUCAGCUGAUGGCUCUCCCCUGGCGCUUGCUGACGGCCGCGCGACUGGCUGAGAGAUCGCGCGGUUCGAUAUGUCGCUUCUUGUCCACCAGCAUGCUCCGUCCCGGCAAAGUGGUACCCUUUCAACUGUCAGACAUCGGCGAAGGGAUUCGGGACGUCACGGUGAAAGAAUGGUUCGUGAAGCCGGGUGACCAGGUGAGCCAGUUCGACAAGAUCUGCGAGGUGCAAAGCGACAAGGCGUCGGUGGAGAUCACAAGUCCCUACGACGGCCUCGUCAAGGUGUUGCACUACAACGUGGACGACGUCGCCAUGGUCGGGGCGGCGUUGCUGGACAUCGAGAUAGAGGACGACUCGAAGGACGUCGCGAAAAGUUCGGAGAAAAUUCAAGGUGACCGGGACCAGGUGAUUGACGGUUCCAACAAGAAGAAGAAGAAGAAUGAAGAAGAGUCAGAAUUGCAGGACAAUCUCGCAGGGAAGAUAUUGGUGACCCCAGCAGUGAGGAGAAUCGCCAUGGAGAACAACGUGAGGCUGAAGGACGUAACGGCGACCGGCAAAGAUGGUAGAGUGCUCAAGGAAGACGUGCUGGCUCAUCUGCGGAAGAUUUCCGCGACUGCGGAAGUCCAAGCGGAAGUUUCUCCGAAUGUGAUGGGGAGGAUCGUCGGCUUGAAGGGAUACUCGAAACACAUGUGGAAGACUAUGACUAGAUCCCUGAGUAUACCGCACUUCGUCUACAGCGACGAGUGCCAAGUGGAUCGGGUGAUACAAUAUCGAAACGAGGUGAAGGACUCGUUGAAGGACGAGGGUGUCUCCCUAAGCCUGAUGCCCUUCUUCGUGAAGGCUGCCUCGCGAGCGUUGGAGCGCUGUCCCGAGCUGAACGCUUGGCUGAACGAGGAGGAGCAGACGUUGCGAAUCCUGGACAGCCACAACAUCGGCAUCGCCAUGGACACCCCGGAGGGCCUGGUGGUGCCCAACAUCAAGAACGUGCAGAAUCUCAGCAUCCUCGCAAUCGCGCGGGAGCUCAACAGGCUCCAGGAACUCGGCAGGAAGUCGGCGAUUCCCCUCGGUGAUUUGACAGACACGACGUUCUCGUUGUCGAACAUAGGCGUGGUCGGUGGAACGUACACGAAACCAGUGAUCCUGCCGCCCCAGGUAAUAAUCGGUGCUUUCGGAAGAGCGCAGAAGGUCCCGCGAUUCAACGACGCGGGAAACGUCAUUCCGGCUUACGUCAUGUCGAUCAGCUGGGCCGCGGAUCAUCGCGUCCUCGACGGCGUCACCGUGGCGAGGUUCUCCAACUUGUGGAAGCACUACGUGGAAAAUCCGAUGCAUCUGCUGAUCGGCUCGUGACGAGGAGGACGAGGGAGGAUUUAUUCUUGGAGUCUUGGAUGUGCUUGGAAAUUCGGCGGAGUAUUCUUACAACCAUUUCUUUCACGACAGGAUGUUUAGAAGGAAAAUACGGCUGAAAAUAAAAAAGAAACAUUUUUUUUUCACAAAUUUAUAGAUGUA